AUGUCUUCGAUUAACAUCGCAACUCUUCCCCGAAUGAGCCGGGAUGCUCUAUCCGCGCUGCUCCUGUCCACCAGCACCCCCAGUAAACUAGCUAUCGUCGACGUCCGCGAUUCAGACCACAUCGGCGGCCACAUUUGCGGCUCCACCUGGGUCCCCAGCUCCACGCUCGAGCUACGCAUCCCCGAACUCGUGCGCACCCUCAAGGACAAAGAAACUGUCGUCUUUCAUUGCGCCCUCAGCCAGCAGCGCGGCCCGUCUGCUGCGCUGCGCUAUGCGCGGGCGCGCGAGGGCGCUGUUGGAGCGGAGGAGAGCCAUAACCAGAAGGUUUAUGUUUUGGAGGGUGGAUUUGUACAGUGGCAGGAGAAGUUUGGAAAUGAUAAGAGGUUGACGGAAGCUUAUGUGGAGGAUAUUUGGAGGGAGUAUUGA